GUGUCCUUUGCAGCAUAUUAUUAUGUUACGUUUCAUGGAGUUAUUUGUACUUCUGGUGGCCGUCAUCUUAAGGGUCAGAGGGCAGUGUCCGACUCUUUGCACGUGCCCUAGUUCCUACGUGGCAAACUGUGCUUCUGCAGCCCUCACAAAGAUUCCAACUGACAGAUUUGACCUCUACAUGGAGAACCUGGAUGUUUCCGACAACAGUCUGGCGUCCUUAAAUAAGACGUCGCUGAGUGGCAUACUAGUGAUCUCGCUUAUACAACUCAACGUUUCGAGGAACCACAUCAGAGACAUCCACGAAGAAACUUUCGUGGGACAGAGCAGGCUGCAGACCGUGGACCUCUCCAGUAACAAUAUCACCUACAUAGAACCCAAGACCUUCACAUACAAUCCUUCCCUUGAGAUGCUAUCAGUUUCCAGUAACAAGUUUCUCGUACUUCCUGAAGAAGGCCCAUUCAUUCACUCUGGUUCUCUCAGAGUUCUUUAUCUCUCAGCUUGUGAUCUCAGCCACAUUCCACCACAAACUUUCAAGAGCGUACCAAACCUUGAAGAACUAUACAUUUCUCAUAAUAGAAUCGAAACUCUACGUCCUUUACAAGGCAAUGGGCGCUUAACCUUGAUAGAUGUAAGUAAUAAUUAUUUGAUAUCUUUGGAUCCUGGCGUCUUCACCGUUUUCCCAAAAUUACAUCGUCUAAAUCUGAGCUACAAUAGGCUCACUGAUUUGGACAUCAUACCACAACUGCCCAACAAAACUUGCUCCGAGGAGUUAAAUGGCAAUCCUUGGGUGUGCAAUUGCAGUACGUUUCACACGGCUUACUCCUGGUGUCAUGAUAAAGGUGUGGACCUCAGGCUUUUAUGCUCAAGUCCUCCGAAAUAUAAAGGUGUGCAGUGGACAGUUUAUGGUAAAGAGUUCUGUGGUGAUGAUAAUGAAUAUGUGGAGCAAAUGGAAGGAUUUGUGAUUAGCGCUGACCGAUUGCAAUCAAUUAGAAUGUAUGAAAAUUAUGAAAUUCAGCAGGCGUCUAUGUACAUUCCCACUGAAAUUCAAGAACUAGACACAAACGUUAGUCAUAAUUAUUAUUUAUAUUUCUUUCUUGUCAUUAUCAUUUUAUGUCUGUGUUGUAUAGCAGUGAUUGGGGGAAUGGCGGUUUUCUUGAGCUGCGUUCCAUCAGUACGUAGGGUUCCUGUCCACAGUGAUGUGCAGGAGAGCCACAUAUGAAGCGUGAGCACCUGAACUCUAUCUGCUCGUACAACUGUGAAACUGAUCCCGCACCUGGCAUGCCAAUGGUGACAAUGAAGAUGGAUCCUCCCACAAAAGUUUCCCAUUUGUGAUCUAGCUUAUUGUGUGGUGCAGAGUGUUCAAUAAUGUUCGUACGUCCCAAACACUGGAUACAGCUCUUCACCAAAUUCUCCAACGCUUUAUAGAACUACAUUGUAAAGAGCAUAGCCGAAUAACCAAUUCAGACCCAUCAAAUGAGAAAUUUAUCUUAAAAAGUUGUCAUAAUGUUUCAUUAAAAUGGCGAUCUAGUUCGGAAUAUGAUAUUAUAUGCAUAUUACUUAUAAGCGAUAGUAGCUAUUAUAAAAGAUUUAGAAUGGACGCGCCAUAGCUCAAGCGGUCAG